AUGCUCUUCCAAACUGCUACCCUCUUGGCCGUUGCUGGCCUGGCCCUUGGUCACUCUUAUGAGCCUCCCAAGGAGCAUAAGCAGCACAAGCAUCAGACUGGCUGGGAGACCAGCUACACUGCCACCGGCACCGCUGAAGUCGCCGCUGCUGCUGCAACUGCCAAGACUAGCAGUCCUACUUCCCAUGUGAAGGGCAAGGCCUUUGAUCGCAUUGCCAUUAUUUACUUUGAGAAUGAGAACUAUGAGAAGGCUUUCGGUGACCCCAACUUCACCUGGCUCCGCAAGAAGGGAAUCACUCUCGAGAACUACUUCGGAGUGACCCAUCCCUCUGAGCCAAACUACAUGGCCGCCAUUGCAGGUGAUUACUUUGGCAUGCAGAACGACGACUUCAACCGCAACCCGCGCAACGUCUCUACUGUCAUUGAUCUCCUCGAGCACCGCGGCAUCUCCUGGGGUCUGUACCAAGAGGACAUGCCCUACUCUGGCUUCGAGGGCUUCUCGUGGGUGAACCACCAGAACGGCAAGAAUGACUACGUUCGCAAGCACAACCCCGCUGUUCUCCACGACAGCAUCGCUACGUCUGAGCAGCGCCUUUCUCAGAUUAAGAACCUCUCGCUCGUCGACACUGAGAAGUCUGUUUUCCACAAGGAUCUCAAGGAGAACAAGCUUCCUCAGUGGAUGUUCAUCACUCCCAACAUGACUUCUGAUGGCCACGACACUUCCGUUACUGUGGCUGGUCAGUGGGCACGUACUUUCCUUGAGCCUCUUCUCAAGGACAAGAACUUUAUGCAAAACACUCUUGUUCUCGUUACUUGGGAUGAGAACGAGACCUACGCUCGUCAAAACCACAUUCUCGGCAUCCUUCUCGGCGACGCAGUCCCCAAGCAUCUCGUCGGAACCAGCGACAACAGCUUCUACAACCACUACUCCGAGAUCGCCACCGUCUCCGCAAACUGGGGUCUCGACACCCUCGGCCGUUGGGACGUGGGCGCCAACGUAUUCAAGGUUGUUGCGCAAAAGACAGGUGACAAGAUCCGAAAGUGGAAGUCUCACAAGCUGGACAGCUACUUCUGGAACGCCUCGUAUGCUGGUCCCUUCAACACCAACGGUGGAAACAAGGAGUAUGUUGCGCCCAACUUGGAUCUUGAGCAUAGUUUCUCUGGACGAAAGAUCUUUGAGCCUAUUCGUGAGGAGUGGAAGAAGAGCAAGAAUCCUACUUACUACAAGGAUACUAUUGAGGUAAAUGAUGGACUUAACCCUCCUAAGGGUUAUGAGCCUGCCAAGUCUACCUAG